AUGGUCCUCGACGACGCAUCCCCACAGGCCGGCGCCUACAACGGCGAUUCGUUCGGUGGUAAUAGAGAGUACAUGGACAUGGAGGAUGGUAGCUUGGCGAUGAACAGAUACCGCAUCAUGGCGGACAAUUUUGUCAGGCCGGACCCGUUUACGCUGUAUUUUGGAUUCUUCGGGAAGACACCCUGGUUACGACGCUGCACGGCACGGCUGCAGGCACAGGAACAAAAGGUUAAGGUACUGGUGGAUCGGCCCCCGACGCAGUCAGAGAUGGAAGCGUUUGCGACAGUGACCAGCCGGAGCUUGUAUUACUCGAAAGCAGGAACGCCGCUGGGGCUCGCUGCGGGUCUGGCUCAUGUGUACUACAGCUUACGCAAGUUCGACCCGGAGCGCAGUGGUGGUAUCCGGACGCUGACUGCGGCUGCGGCCAACCUACUUCGGGCUGAACCUCAGGUGGCUUUGGCCGUGGUCGCCUCGUCUGGAGUCAAGGUCUUCCUGUGGACUGUUGGUCUGACAACCGUGACCUCUGGCUUUGCAGCGUUCAGCGAGACCAAAGAUGUUCUGCUGGAUUCACGAUUAUCCGGCUUCGUGGAGGACUUGAAACGUCAAAAUCCCGAGGAUGUACAGAAACGGAAACUCGCUAUGGUUCAAGAGAGGCAUCGUCAGAUUCAGCAGAGGAGGGAGCAGCAGCAGCCUCAAGGUGGUGCGUACGCGGAGAGUCGUGAACAUGAUGAUGGCAGUUACGGCACAUCGGAUGAGGAUACCUUCAAUGCUACGCAGUUCAGCCCACAGGGCAAAACACCAGAUCAGCCGCGAGCCAUGCCCGAUACAAUCGGUAAACCCCACGUCUAUGGCAAUCACGGAACGAUCGAGUCUCCAACGGGCAGCAAGAAUCUUGAUUUCUUCGAUGAUGACGAUGCCAGUCCCACAGCCCCAGAAUACAGAAAUGAGGGUAUAUGGUCCCGACCGAACCCCUCCGCUCCUCAAGGCAGUACGUGGGAACGGAUCAGGCAGCAAAAUGGUAUAACCCGGAGGAGCGUGCAAGAAGAUUUCCGUGGCCCGUCGCAAUCACCGUCGUCGGACAGGUCUCAGACAUCUUAUGAAUUCGGGAAACAGCAGGAACGGGAGCAGGCCCAGGCGGAUUUUGACAGACUACUUGAAGCGGAGAGGAACAGAUCGGAUACUUCGGGGACCGGGGGGCAAUGGGGACAAUAG